UUUGCCUUUUCGUGAGUUAUCACAAGUGUUUCAACAAUACAGAGUACUACAGUAGACUUUUAAUGAUUUAUCGAGUUCCGAAGCCGUUACAUAGAAAACGAAUACUACUGAACACAGAUGCGCUUACAGCAUGGAUCGUAUUUAAUUUUUCUCUAUUAAGAAGAUCAUAAGAUCAUUAUUGUGAGAAUGCUGCGAAGAUGCCAGGUGCAACGCAGCCUCGUUGUCUACCUCAGCGUCGCCAUUUUUCUGAUUACGUGCAGUUUGCUCCUUGUUAUCACGCCGCUUGUCGACGACACCCCUCCCCGCGAAACUCCCCCCAACGUCAAAGCGGGAAUCCUGGACAGUCUGGCGAAAAGCGCCAGCAAUCUCUUCACUUCGGCGGUUGACGCUUUUUCCUACUACGACGAAUCCAACGAGUGCGGCCGGCUGCGAAAUAAACGCGCAGCAUGGUACGGCUCCGCGGCGUAUCCAGUUAUCACCGACGAAUCGCAAGCCUGGAGCUGGGUGAAGACAUUUCUUGGAGCAGCGUGCGCCGGAUGCCGCAAUGACUCCAAAUCGGAACUUUUCGACCGUGUUUUGCAUCCGUUAAAGCAGAAAGCGAAAUCCAGUGAUUCGGCUCAACGAAUUGCUGUGAUCCGUUUUGCGCAGCUUCCACCGCCGGAGCUGGAGACACGCGUCGGAUCUCUCGCAAAGAAGAACUCGAUGGAAGUACAGCGAACCAAUAUUUCGCGGUCGUUUUGUACAAAUGAUACGCACUGUCGACCGGCGUCCAGUUUGCCGAUUCGGACAGUCGCUGAUUUCAUUUUAAUCACUGGAUCGGUUGCUGAUUUUUAUGAUAUGACGCAGAUUGUCGCGUGCCAAUCGGAUGCCGAUUACCUGCUGACCACUAUUUAUACCGAACCAAGAGAUGACAUCAACAACGAACGGUACGCGACACUCUUCCAUGAUUGGCUGAACGUAAUGUACUUCGAGUACGACUGGAUUCCAUUUGUGACCAACGAGCAUCUGUGCGAUGAGUCCCGUUUCAACUGCACAAUCUGGAUUGCCUGGAAAAAGUACCAACCGGAAGAGCCGUUGACAUUCUUCCCACCAGCGGCUGACGGCAGCCUUCCUUACGAAAUCGAAAGGCUUAGCAGCUUCUUCAAUAAACCAGACCAGAGCGCGUGCAUUAGACGGGAACAAUUCGGUGGAUCGUACGAUAAUGAAGUGGCAAAAAUCAAAGUGGACGGUAUGUACACCUUAUGUAUGGACAUCUUCCCCAACCGCUCCCCAGACGACUGUCUUGUGUACUCCUUCGGUAUUCGCGAUGACUGGCGUUUCGAUGACCAACUGCACAGUAUGGGAUGCUCUGUCUUCUCCUUCGAUCCGUCCAUCGAGCAGAACACGUCCCAACGCGCGGCUCAUCACUACUUUUACAAAUGGGGACUUGUAUACGGUCGAGAGCAUUUUGCCGUAAAACGCCCGGAUGACUGGAUUUUGAAGACCGUCCAGCAGAUUCGCGUGGAUUUGAAUCAUACCAAACGGAAACUGGAUGUGAUUAAGAUGGAUUGCGAGAGCUCGGAGAUGACCUUCCUUGAUGGGGAGAAGGCGGCGGAGACUCUGCGGUCGGUCGGGCAGUUGGCUCUGGAGGUGCACUGGAUGCCGGCGGACUGGGGAAGGUCCCCCGAGGAUUUUAAUGGGGUGAAAGUCGUACGAAAUAUGGCCCGGAUAAUACAUCGGUUGGAGAAGCUUGGAUUUGUGAUGUUUUUUUCGCGGCCGACGCCGAAGCAGUCGGGUUUCGAUUUCCGCGCGUAUAAUCGCUCGUCGGUGGAGGUCACUGGCUCGCAGUCCUUCGUCUACGAAGUAUCCUUUCUUAACACUGAUUUCACAAACUGAACUUACAAAGUACAAGUACUUUGCAGGAUGUAAAUUUAUUGAUUCUUAGGGAGGUCAUAGUUUUUUUCUGGCAAGUUACAUUCUUUGUACGAUACCUCGCCAUGGCCAUGUUUGCGGCUUAAGACGAACUUUCCGAAUUUGGUGCAAUGCGGUAUUAAUUUUGUCAAACGAGAUCGGCAAAACUUUGUUCCUCAAAACUUCACGGAAUGGCCUGUCUACUUUAUUGUGUUCGGAUUACGAUCACACACUGGACUGCUUCAAAGUAGGUACAGUAUAUUUUACCCAUAUCCACCCAUACGCAUAGCGCUAUAUGACUGUGGGUGUAACACCUUUACG